GGGGGGGGCAGCUGGGAAGGAGGGAAGGAGGGAAAAGAGGGUGUGUAUUAUUAUGUUUCUACUGAUACGCUGAUCUGCUAUAAUGCAGGUCAUACAUAUACUGUGUUAUAGUUGUUACUAUAUGUAGAGCCAGAAUGACGGGGUGUGUGUGUAUGUAUGUAUGUAUGUAUGCACACAUCAGAAACAAGACAGUCUCGAUCUGUACAUGUACAUUCCUGCUACUCCGUACAUACUAACAUUAUCAACACGCUCGAUCUGGUUGGCACCCCUACUCUCCCGUGCAUGGAACGGAGCCAUGCCGUGCUUAGCCUGGACGGUGGCACUAGACGCUUUGCCGUUGGAGCAACGGAGAUCGUCUGGCGUCAAGUCCGGAGACAGAAUAGAAUGCUCGGGUUUCGAGAAUGUACCGUCCAAGUAUACCAUGAGUGAUUUGAUUUCGCCGGUGGUACGGAGGACUACCGUUCCACAAUGGAUUGCAAGUCCGGGAAUGGCACAUCUGUAAUGUGCUUGCUUGCGGCUAAGGGCUAAAACCUAUCAAGAACCAGAGCCAAAAAAACAAAGGCAACAUCAUUAGCCGUUUCCGAAUACUCCGGAUUGCA